AUGGAGAAGCACGAGAAUUUCGAGCCGGAAUGGAUCUGGGCUGACGAUCAAGGUACCGUCUACGCACAAGGAUACGGAGGUAAUCUCACCGUCAUUUUCUCCUUCAGCGCCAACAAAGAAGGAAGCCCACCGACCUCGCUGGCGAAUCGAGUCUGCAACAAAUUCGAGAAUAUCGAAACCGACGACCCCGGAGCAACCUUUGCUACGAUUCCAGACCUGCACACUGCCGUAUGGGCAUCCAUUCGUCAUCUUUGGCCACAGAUCGUUUCGAGACCUGCCCUUCGAUUGGAUGAUGUUGUGGCGAUAGAGAGUAGUGACAGCUCCGUUGAGAAUCUUGGAUUCGAGGUCUAUUCACAUCCUCUAUUCUCCCAAUACAUUGGGAAUCUCGCAGACGACACUCUCGGGCGUUUACCAGAUGCUGCUACAGGCCAGUCACUUGACUUUGCUACCCUCGUUCGCUUCCAACAGCUCGGCGGCAAAGGAUGCACUACUCAGGUUCGUCUACCGAAUGGCGACCGUGCUGUAUUCAAAGGCGUCGACUUCCGAACCGCUCUUUCCCAUUGCGAUGACGAAGGCGACGUGGUAUUUCGAAACUUGAUCAGCAAUUGGCGUCGAGAGUACAAUACACUCCACCGACUUCUUCCUCACCCGAACAUAAUGCCACCGCCAACAUUGCCCGUGACUAUCCAGUGGCCCGAUAAGUCAUCCCAGCCAGUCUUCUGUGGUGCUUUGUUUCCAUUUUAUACAGGAGGGAAUGUUGAUUCUCGAAUUCAAGAGAGCAACAAAGCCGGCGCACGAAUUGCCCCGCGUCUCAAGGCACAUUGGUGCGCCAACAUGGCCUCUGCAGUCUUUCACAUUCACCGGGUCGCAAUGACGUACCACAAGGAUAUAAAGCCCGGCAACUUUGUUGUGGACGAAGAAGACAACCUCAAGCUUUGCGACUGGGAGCAGCACGAUGCGCCAGCUACGACAAUCGCCCCGGAGGUAGAUGGAACUUGGGAUGUCACAGAGGCUGUCUCGAGCAACGGGCGACCUCAACUACACUACACGAAAUACAGUGGCCCGCCUCGUCGUAACGUGCAUGAAGACGUUCUUGAGGAUGCCCCGUGGCAUACGUGGGAUGUAUUUCCAAUCUGGGCCACUGAGCAUCCCUGGGCGCUGGAGCUUGCGGAAGUCUUCAGUCUCGGCAGGACUAUGUGGAUGCUACUCCGCCAACCAAAGGCUGACUGGGACGAUAUUGAGCACCCCGACGAUAUUACCACAGAUUGGGACGAGUCGGACGACAUUCCAUUUACCUGGAAGCAGAUGGUGGACCGAUGUAUGUCACGAGAUGCAAAUGAGAGGCCUGAUCUUGAGGAAUUGGUGGAUUUCUGGACCGAAAUCGAUGAUCAAGAGGCUGCUGAGGACUAG